AUAUACAAUGUUCAAAUAGCAAAAAUCAAACCAAAAAUCGCAAAAUCAUUCUCGGUUCUUCAAUGGCUUCUUAGGUGGCACUAGAGCCAGACGCAGCGCCAGCAGAACCUGCAUCGGAGGGAGACCGGCGAAUACCUCAGCAUCUCGGGGGGCCAGGAACAGCGACGCUCGGUAUCACAGCAGCAGCGGAGGGCAUCGAGGUGGUGGCUUGAGAUCUGCGAUUGGGAAGCGCUCGUAGGUCUUGCGGGGAAGGAGUGAUGUGUUAGGUUUCGGUUUCCGAUUUCCGAGUUCUUGCAGCUGUGCCGGAGUCGCCGGAGGACGUCGCGGUUCACUUAGCAACAGCGAAGGCAAGAGGGACAGAAUUGGCGUGCUUGGCUCGAGGAAGAAGGUAGGUCUCGCUGCAUAGCAUCGGGCUGGGUGAGUCUCAGGGUUCUUGCCGGGUCGGGCGGAUCUGUCAGUCUUGAUCCGAGACAAAAAAACACUUGGCCCUCUCUUUUUAUUAUUCAAAAUUUAACGGAAUCCCAAAUAUCACUGUCAUAACCUAGAAAACUCACUCCACAAAAUCCAAUCCAAAAAUUUUUUUUUCAAUGUCUUCCCUUAGGUUUUUUACAAAACAUUCAUCAACUUCUUUAUUUUCAUCUUUUCUUUUGAAACACAUUCGUUCCAUGAGCAAUAUUCCAGAAAAUACAGUUUAUUCAGGUCCAACAUCACAAACUCCAAACCAGAGAACAACUCUGGCACAGUUACGUCAAAAGUAUAAAAAUUUGAAACCGAUAUCAAUGAUAACUGCAUACGAUUAUCCUUCAGCAGUGCACAUAGACAUGGCUGGCAUUGAUAUAUGCCUCGUUGGUGACUCAGCUUCCAUGGUGGUUCAUGGACACGACACCACUCUCCCUAUCACCGUUGAUGAGAUGCUUGUUCAUUGCCGUGCUGUUGCACGUGGUGCUAAAAAUCCUAUGCUUGUUGGGGACUUGCCUUUCGGCUCCUAUGAAUCAAGUUCCGAUCAGGCAGUUGAUACUGCAGUUCGGAUUUUGAAGGAAGGCGGAAUGGAUGCCAUAAAAUUGGAAGGAGGUUCACCUUCGAGGAUUGUUGCGGCGAAGGCUAUUGUUGAAGCGGGAAUAGCAGUGAUGGGGCAUGUAGGGCUUACUCCACAGGCCAUUAGUGUUUUAGGGGGUUUUAGACCUCAGGGAAGGAACAUUUUAAGUGCUGUCAAGGUUGUCGAGACAGCAUUGGCUUUGCAAGAAGCAGGAAGUUUUUCGAUUGUUCUAGAAUGUGUGCCUGCGCCUGUGGCCGCUGCAGCAACAGCAGCACUUCAAAUUCCUACUAUUGGAAUUGGGGCCGGACCCUUUUGUAGUGGACAGGUGUUAGUUUAUCAUGAUCUUCUUGGUAUGCUUCAACACCCCCAUCAUGCAAAGGUUACUCCGAAAUUUUGCAAGCAAUAUGCUCGUAUCGGAGACGUUAUCAAUAAAGCCUUACUAGAGUAUAAAGAAGACGUGAUGAACGGUUCAUUCCCUGAUGCUCACUAUAGUCCAUACAAAAUUAGUGAAGCAGAUGUUGAAGGUUUUUCAAAUGAGUUGCAAAAGUUAGGUUUUGACAAAGCAGCGUCUGCAGCAUCUGAAGCAGUUCAAAAGCUUAAUGCAACCAAAUAAGUUUAGUGAAGGUUAAAACGGAUUUGAAGCAACAUUGUAGAAUUGAAGUUCAGUAUUUGACUGAUACAGAGUGAUGAUUCCACUUUCUUAGGGCAAUUUGUACCAUUUUCUUUUAUAUAUCAAUUUUUUGUUCAUCAUUUUAUAAGGAACAUGAAUGAAACCUUAGGCAGAUUAUAAAAGGAAAUCAUGUUCUGUAUCAAUGUAAGAGCAAAAUAUUGGAAACUGAUUUUGAUAUUCUUUUUACUAUCAAGAGAAGUCGUCCAUAAUAGUGACCAAAUAAAUGUCUUUCCAAUCUUAA